CAGAGGAAAACGGGAACACAGGCAGUUCCGGCCCGAGAAGAGCAUUAAAAGGUUCUACUCUGCCAGGUCAUCGUCACACGCUCUCCGUCUGAUUCUGUGUGUGGUUGCCUUGUAUCCUCUCUGCCUGUCACUACCGCCCUAAGCUCUCCAUAAUGGUCUACCAAGUGAAAGACAAGGAUGACUUUGACAAGCAGCUGAAGGAAGCUGGACAAAAGCUUGUAGUGGUGGACUUCUAUGCCACCUGGUGUGGCCCCUGCAAGAUGAUUUCCCCCAAGAUUCAGGAGAUGAGUGAGCAGAUGAGUGAUGUUGUGUUCCUGAAGGUGGACGUGGAUGAGAGUGAGGAGGUUGCCAUGGCCUAUCAGGUGUCUUGCAUGCCCACCUUCAUUUUCAUCAAGGAGGGAAAGAAAGUGGACAGUUUCUCAGGAGCAAGUGAAGACAAGCUCCGUGAAUUCAUUGCAAGGCUGAAGUAAUUGAAGGACAAUGACUUGGUUUCCCUCAGGAUCAUCUCUAAUCUCCACUAAAGAAAAAUUCACACAGAUUAUAAAGACAUUUGGCAGAUGCCGUAGUUUGCCUCACAACCACACUCUCAUUUGAUUUGUGUAAACUUUUUUUUUUAACGGUUUCAUGAGGAUGUUACAAUGUUCAACUUGUGCCUGCAACUUUUUGUAUUUUGACUUGUUGCCUUUAUUUUCAUGUUUCAAGAAAGAAGCUAAUAAAUAAAGCACCCCA